GGGAGUGGCCGGGCUUUCAAUUUCAAUUACCAAGUGGAAGGGCUAUGGUGUCGGUUCAAGGAGUAAGUUGUUGUCCUACCUCUUCUUCCUCCUGUUUUGUUAGUGGGUCUCUUCAGUUUUGUCGCUCCUUUUCUGUAAGCUUUAGAUUUGCCACAAAACCGAGACAACAUCCUUCUUUCAUAUGCAAUGCUUCAUGGCAAGAGCUUGCGGGAGUUUUACUAUUCUCAGCAAUUCCUUUCACUGCCGUCAAAGCUAUAGCUAAUAGUCCGCUAGGGGAGUCGCUUCAGAGAAAAAUGGAGGAACGAAAGAUAUUUGGUGUUCAAAACUCAUCCAAAUUCAAGGCUGAGGCUGACAAGGCCAGAAAAGAGAGCUUUUGGUAUGGAGUAGAUCGGCCUCGUUGGCUUGGUCCUAUUUCAUAUGGAUACCCAUCAUAUCUUAAUGGGGACCUUCCUGGGGAUUAUGGCUUUGACGUUGCUGCUCUUGCCAAGGAUCCGGUGGCACUGCACAAAUAUUUCAACUUUGAGAUAUUGCAUGCUCGGUGGGCUAUGCUUGCAUCUGUUGGUGCUCUGAUUCCCGAGUUAUUAGACCUCUUGGGAGCCUUUCACUUUGUAGAACCUGUUUGGUGGCGAGUUGGUUAUUCCAAGCUCCAGGGAGAAACUCUAGAUUACCUUGGUAUCCCAGGUCUUCACUUAGCUGGAAGCCAGGGAGUGGUUGUGAUUGCUAUUUGCCAAGUACUCCUUAUGGUUGGACCAGAAUACGCUAGAUAUUGUGGGAUUGAGGCAUUGGAGCCUCUAGGCAUAUAUCUGCCCGGUGAUAUAAACUAUCCUGGAGGAGCAUUGUUUGAUCCCUUAAACCUGUCCAAAGAUCCUGAAGCUUUUGAAGAGCUGAAGGUGAAAGAAAUAAAAAAUGGACGCUUGGCAAUGAUGGCUUGGUUAGGCUUCUUCAUGCAAGCAGCCCUGACGGGUAAAGGUCCUGUGCAGAACCUUAUGGAUCACAUCUCCGAUCCUUUCCACAAUAACCUGCUGGGGUCACUCAAUUCAACAAAAUUACUCUAGUGUUAUUAGAAAGGAUCUUACGUAUAUUUCUUUACUCUUCCUUUCCAUAAUACUUUGUGGAGGGAAUUCAUGCCAAAAUAAUAUUUUCUUGGGCACAUAGCACAAUCUUUUAAUAUAAACUUUCUCUUAACCUCUCAA